AGAGAUGAGACCGACUUCACGCCUGUGCAAUCUCGGACUAAGAUGGCGGCGGCGGCGGCCCGGCUGGCCUGGGGAGGUGCGGCCGCUGCCGCGAGGCUGCGUCGGCGCUUCCGUCACAUAAUGAGGAGUCCACACAUCAUUAAGAAACAGCCUCUGCAUCACUUUGUACAAAGACCACUUUUCUUACUACCUACAACCUUGUGUACCACAGUGAGAAACAUGUUUAUUCAAACACAAGAUACUCCAAAUCCCAACAGCUUAAAGUUUGUUCCAGGAAAACCAGUUCUUGAGACAAGGACCAUGGAUUUUCCCACACCAGCUUCAGCAUUUCGCUCUCCUCUGGCUAGGCAGCUCUUCAGGAUUGAAGGAGUAAAAAGUGUCUUCUUUGGACCAGAUUUUAUCACUGUCACAAAGGAAAGUGAAGAGUUAGACUGGAAUUUAUUGAAACCAGAUAUUUAUGCAACAAUCAUGGACUUCUUUGCAUCUGGCUUACCCCUAGUUACGGAGGAAACAUCUUCAGGAGAAGCAGGAUCUGAAGAAGAUGAUGAAGUUGUGGCAAUGAUUAAGGAAUUGUUAGAUACUAGGAUACGUGUCCAUGAUUCAGUCAAAAAUAUACAGGCAUACAUAGAAACUGGACCAAGAGGAAAUAAAACAGAUCCACAGGACACAAGAAAGUAGAUAAAGAAAAAUUCGGGAAAAGACAUGGUAAAAUUAUGGCUUUUUCCUCAUCAAAAACACUGUUUACAGUGAAAAUGCAAACCACAGAGUAAAGAAGAUAUUUGCAAUACAGAUAUGACAGAAUAUAUAAAGAACUCAUACAAAUUAGUAAGAAAAAGACAGACAACUAGAGACUAGCACUUCACAAAACAUGAUAACCAAAUGGCCAUUAAACCUAUGGAAAAGUGCUCAACCCCAUUAGUUUUACAAAAAUUCAAAUUAAAACCACAAUGCAAUAUUACUAAACAUCCACUAGAAUGGUUAAAAUCAUUAAGAUUGAUAAAACCAAUUAUUGGGGGAGGAUAUGAAGCAGUAGGAACUCUCGUACACUGCAGAUGGGAAUGUAAAUUUAUGCAACAACUUUGGAAGACUAUUUGGUAGUGUCUAGUUAAGUUUGCACAUAUGCAUACUCCUGAUCCAGAAAUUCCACUCUCAGGUAUAUUUCCAGUAGUAGUGUAUAUAUGUAUACCAAAAGACAUGUACAAGAACCUUCAUAGCUGCACUAUUUGUAAACACCCAAAAUUGAUAUUAACCCAAAUGUCUGUCAGAAGUAGAACGGAUAAAAAAAUUCUGGCAUAUUCACUUUAAUGAAAUACUAUACAGCAAUGAGAUUGAACGAACUAUUACUACACACGAUUGUGUGGAUGAAUCUCAAAAAGAGCAAAGUAAGAUACAAAAGAGGAAAUGCUAUAUGAUUCUUAAAUGGAAUUCAUAUUUAUAAAUUAUAAAGUUAAAAAACAGAACUAAUCAAUGAUGAUAGAAAUCAGGAUAAUGGUUACCUUUAGUUGGGAGUGUCAUUAGGAAGAAGCACAAAGGGGACUUCUAGAGUGCUGGUAUUCUGUUUCUUCUGGGUGGGUUACAAAUGUAUGUUCACUUUGUGAAAAUUCACUGACAACACCUUUGAUUUCUGUGUUUUUCUGUAUUAAACUUUUCAUUGAAAUAAAACAUUACUAAAAACGUAAGCUAACACGUCAGUCUCCCCUCUUCACCCAGAAAGACUACUGCCUUCAGUAUUUAUUACACCUCAGCACAAAACAAAAGUCCUCACAACUGGACCAAUAAGUAACAUCACGAUAA